UAACCAACCACUAUUCACACCUCUCCAAUCUCCAUCAACACCUCCAAACUUUUUUACAUGCUUUUCUUGCAACUUCUCAACUGAUUGAUUCAGUUGCGAUACUUCUCUGAAAAAAAUGCGCUAGAUUUUCAUUCUCCAUUUCUAUGAUCAUCAUUCCGUUGAAUUGAAUUUCACAAGAUCAAUACAAACUUCUCAAGGUCAUUCUCCGGGUCAAUUUUUUUUAUCAAGAGAGUACUUUACUCGGGACAAAAGAAGGACAAUCGACAUGCCUAUGAUGGUAUUGAGAUUUAGAAUUGCCUUCUGGGAUAAUUUUGAAAAUUGGCACUAGUGAGAGAUAGUCAGAUACCCUCUUCUUACAUAUAAUGUGGAAAAAGCUCGGCGAGUCUUUAUCCGGAGAUAAUGAAGAGCAAGAGGAGAGCUUGUUGGGCGAGGGGUCAGGUGGACUAAGCUCCCUCACUACAACACAGAGAAUGUAUGGAUUUGCUGCUUGUUUGAUUGCUGGUCUGGCUCUCAUGUUACUGUCUAUGAUUGUUUUUGCCAAACCCAUCAAAUUUGCAGUAUUGUUCACCUUUGGCAACUUGUCAGCAGUUGGAAGUACAGCCUUUCUUCUUGGACCGGCACAACAAAUGGAAAUGAUGUUUGACCCUGUUCGUGUUUUUGCAACAGCCAUCUACCUUGGAUGUGUAGUUAUAGCCCUUAUUUGUGCUCUCUUGAUCCAUAGCAAGGUGUUGACGUUACUUGCAAUCAUAAUUGAGAUCUGCGCCCUUAUGUGGUACAGCCUGAGUUAUAUCCCUUUUGCUCGAAGAAUGGUUUCCGAGUUGAUGAUUAGAUUAUGUGAUACAGAGCUCUAAACCAAGAGAAAAACCUAGGAUGCCUUAUGUGGUCUGCAGUAGACAUGGUUCCUCGGCGUUUGGAUUUUGUGGACUAAUUCGUGGUGAAGUUGGUAUUGCCGAUAUUGAUUAUGAAGUUCAGAUAUUAGCUUUUUUGUGUGCCCAUGAAGCUUCUUGUUGGCCUUUAUUUGUAAUUCAUCUUCCAUGCACCAUUCUUUUCAUUUCACUUAAAAAACGAUAAUGGAUUGAAAUUUUGUUUACACAAAGUUGUUGUAAAGGAUAUAAAGAUUUUUUUUAUUUUUUUAAAAUGUUUUUUCUAAGAAAUUUAUAAAUUUA